ACCCUCUGAAGUUGAGUUUCUGAAAUGAACCGCUCCAAGACACGUGUGUUAAACGAAUGCCAGAACCACCUCAACUUCGAAAACGAGUCUUCGUGGAACGAUGGCAUGGCCUUCAACCACACCCGUGGGGCGUUAAACCGCCUCUUCAUUGGAGCCCAAAAGCAGGAGCCCAAUUACGUGGCCAUACCCGCCACCAUCUUUUGCAGCUUACUCUUCUUGUUUGGGAUCCUGGCCAACGGGAUCAGCAUCCUCACACUAAUGAGAAACGGAAGGAUGAAGGUGAGCGCAGUUCGGUUCUACCUCUUGAGUUUGGCCUUGGCGGACAUUUUGCUGCUCUUUACCAUCCCGGUAACUCUUUACCGAUAUUUUUGGCAAUAUUACCCUUGGUCGCUCUCCGACUCGGUGUGCAAAUUGUACUUCAUGAUCCGGCACAUCUACUGCGCCACCACCAGCUGGACUAUCAUCGCCUUCACUUCCGAGAGGUACUUUGCCAUAUGUCACCCUAUGUGGUCAAUCACUGGCCUUCGGAAGUCUCGCAUGGCUUAUUUAUUGGCCUUCAUCUGGAUUUUAUCGUUUAUCAGCACCAUUCCUGUGGCUUUGGUGUACGGAGAGUCCGCGGCUUGUAUUUUGGACUAUACGGCCACCACCCAAGAGGAAGUGGUGCUGGAUUCCACCGUCUGCGAAAUGCUGGAGCCAAAACCCUACAUUAUAUACAAGAGCAUCCUGCAAAUCCGGAGCAUCUUAUACUUUGUGGUGCCUCUGGCUACCAUUAUCAUCUUCCACCUACUGAUCUACCACCACCUCAGUAUCAACCACCGCCAGAGGGAGAAGAUUGGCCUAACGAGGACGCAUUGGCGGUUUUCUUCAAAGGGCGUAACUCAGCCUCAGAGCCGCCCUUUGUCAGAAAAGAAGGCCCGUCAGCUAAUGGGGGCUGUGGUGGUGGCGUUCUUCCUGUGCAAUUUUCCCGACACGGCCUCGUCGCUCAUGCAGAUCUACAUAGACAACUGGAACACGCACAUCCUCAAGCUCUACACCUUGCUGAAGACCUACCUCUCCCUGCCGCUUUGGUACCUCAACAGCGCUCUGGACCCCAUACUGUUUUGCAUUUCUUCCACGUCGUUCCGCAGCGCCUGCUGGGAAACCCUCACAGCCGUUCUGCCGUGGCAGGAUAAAUCAGCGGACGGGCCCAGCCACACCUACCACGCCUCCUGCGCUCGGUCCGGCGGAUCUUCCCUCGGGUCCGCCCCAAGCACCCGAUCGACGUGGACACUUAAUUCGAACGAAGGAGAGCAAAAAGAAUGCUUGGGCCCGUCUCGAACCAACGAUCCGAAACUUGUUUUCUUCAGGCACCUUGACGUCAUGGAAACCAGAGACUACGCGUUUCCGUAAGGACCUUUGUUGCACGGAUGUGCUCGUAUUUUCAAUCACAGGACCUUGGUGUUAUGGCGAGUUGCUGAAAAAAGGGGUUACUUCUAAUAAAACCAUCCCUGGUAUAAAUUUAAUUGUGUUGGAAUUGCAAAAAAAAAUAAAAAAUAAAAAGCUGUGAGCUGGCGAGGAAAUUGAAUAUUCAUUUUGUAAGAGGAUUAUAGAAUCAAGGCUCCAAAUUACGCCGGGACUUAAAGAUCAGCGUCUUUAGGCAGCUGAUACCGACGACGUUUCGGUCAGAGACUUCUUUCACGCUCGGAUAAAAGAGGAUUACAUAAAAUAGUGUGAUUGGGGGGGUUUAAUUGAAAAUUAAUCUAUUGUUGCUUGCUAUUAAAAUUUUGAGAAAAGAAAAACAACAACACACCAUGGCAGUCACUUUUUGUCAUCUGUGGGGAAUCCUGCAUCCAGCAUGAACUGUUACGAAGGUUCAGAAUAUAGCACAAGCCUUGAUGGUGGUUCCUCAGGUGGAACUCAAACUGUAACGGCAACACCUCUUUAAUUGCACCCAACUGUCAUAGGUCUGGAGUGGAUAAAGCUCCUUGAAUUUUGGGUCACCAUUGGCUUCAUCAGGGGGCCUUGGGCGACUCUAAGAUAUCACAUCUGUCGUGACUAAUGAAAGCUUGUUCUGAACAUUUUUUUUUAAAUUUAAACUGUGAAUAAUGGCACCAUCCAUGUAAUUGGUCACUUCAGCACCCAACUCUCAUAAGUCUGGAAUGGAUAAAACUCCUUGAAUUUCGGGUCACCAUUGGCUUCAUCAGGGGGCCUUGGGCGACUCUAAGAUAUCACAUCUGUCGUGACUAAUGAAAGCUUGAACUGAACAUUUUUUAUUUAUUAAAACUGUGAGUGAUGGUGUUAUCCAUUUAAUUGGUCACUUCAGCACCCAACUCUCUGGAGUGGGACGGGCUUCUUGAAUUUUGGGUCAUUGUUGCCUUCAUCAGGGGUCCUCAGGUGGCUCUGAAAUAUCACAUCAGUCGUGACCAAUAAAAUCUUGUGUUUACAAUUAUUUAAGCUGUCAAUAAGGGCACCAUCCAUUUCAUUGGUCACUUCAGAACCCAACACUGUAGAGUGGGUCGGGCUUCUUUGAAUUUUGGGUCAUUGUUGCCUUCAUCAGGGGUCCUCAGGUGGCUCUGAAAUAUCACAUCAGUCUUGACCAAUAAAAUCUUGUGUUUACAUUUAAGCUGUGAAUAAUGGCACCAUCCAUUUCAUUGGUCACUUCAGAACCCAACUCUCUGAAGUGGGUCAGGCUCCCCGGAUUUUGGGUCAUUGUUGCCUUCAUCAGGGGUCCAUGGGUGGCUCUGAAAUAUCAAAUCUGUCGUGACCAAUAAAAUCUU